CAGGAAGUUCCGUCUCCAGAAAAUUGAAUGGGCACUCUUUGAGACUUAUCGCUAUGCUGCUCCUCUCUUCCUCCUCCUCCUCACAACGCAGCAUUUGACCCAACGGAGCACCCUUACUAUGUCCAUAGAGACGCAAGAGAGAGCGACCACUCGAUGAGAGGCGUCGGCGGCGUCAAGGGUCCCGGCGGCUCGACCAUGCGUUCGGUCAGUUACGUGCAGCGCGUGACCCUGGACUUCAGCGGGAGCCUCUUCCCUCACGCCAUCUGCCUCGGAGACGCCGACAACGACGCGCUGAAUGAGCUAGUGGUGGGAGACACCAGUGGAAAACUAUUUAUAUACAAGAAUGAUGAAAGCAAGCCUUGGAUUGUACGCUCAUGUCAAGGAAUGCUUACCUGUGUUGGUGUUGGAGAUGUGUGCAAUAAAGGAAAGAACUUAGUUGUUGCAGUGAGUGCUGAAGGUUGGUUUCAUCUCUUUGACCUCACUCUGCCCUCAAAACACCUGGAUGCCUUGGGUUACCAUGAGCUCUCAGCAGCAGAUGACCAGAAGCUGGGAUUUAAACAGCACAUUCCAGCCAACACUAAGGUUAUGCUGAUCAAUGACAUUGAUGGAGAUGGAAAAUGUGAAUUGGUAGUAGGUUAUACAGAUCGUGUUGUACGGGCCUUUCGAUGGGAGGACUCAUCUGAGUGUUCAGAGCAUAUAUCUGGACAGUUGGUGCUGCUCAAAAAGUGGCUACUGGAGGGACAGGUGGAUAGCCUGUCUGUAAAUCCAGGCUCCGAUUGUGCUCCUGAGAUGAUUGUAUCACAACCUGGAUGUGGUUAUGCAAUACUACUCUGUACUUGGAAAGCAGAGAAACAGCCUCCAAUAGAAAAUCCAGACAGUUCUCCAACUAACAGGGAAGCUCCAGUUCGGGAUGUCAUUCUCCACCAGACAUCAGGUCGAAUUCACAAUAAGAAUGUUUCCACCCAUCUCAUUGGCAGCAUUGGCAGAGGAUAUACUAAGGAGCAUAGUGGUGCUGGUCUAUUUGCGCUUUGCACUUUGGAUGGGACAUUGAAACUCAUGGAGGGGGCAGACAAGCUGUUGUGGUCAGUACAGGUUGACCACCAACUUUUUGCUCUAGAAAAACUGGAUGUUACAGCAAAUGGGCAUGAGGAGGUGAUUGCUUGUGCUUGGGAUGGACAAACAUAUAUCAUAGAUCACAACCGGACAGUGGCUAGGUUCCAAGUUGAUGAAAAUGUGAGUGCCUUCUGUGCAGGUCUCUAUGCCUGCAAAGGACAAUGCAAUAGCCCUUGUCUGGUAUACGUCAGUUUCAACCAAAAGAUCCACAUCUAUUGGGAUGUUCAAUUAGAGAGAAUGGAAUCCACCAAUUUGCUGAAGGUAUUAGAGGACAACUGUGAAUACCGAGAUCUCCUGCUACAGAUGAAUGUUGCUAAAGAUGAUGUUCCUGCUGUCAAGGAUCUGAUUCACAAGACCUUAUACUUUCAAGAAGAACAGCUACAUAGAUUUUAUCAUGAUAAGGUCCCUGCUACAACAUCCUCCACCAGCUGCCAAACUGCUGCUCAAGAAAAUUUAUAACCAGAUGACAUAAAAACAAUUAACAGCAUUGCUCCUCAUGUCUUCUCAGCGCUUACUAGGCAGCUAAAGCAGUGUUAAGAACAAGUUCCAGUAAAGGAGUGGAACAGCAGAAUCCUAAAAUGAUAGAAACAUUUUCUCCAAAGGGAAAGUAUUGUUUCACUCUUUUUCUUGUGGUACUCAUUGUUUGUGUUAAGUUCUCAGACACUUUUUCUUCUGUCACAAAACAUUGACACAAAAGUUGAGAAGUACAAAGAUAAAAGCAGUUAAGUAAAUCUAGAAAGUGGUAGUUCUUUGUAGUUUCUGUUGUACUGUUUUGUAGUUGUUGGUUUUUUGUAUCUAUGUAUCACAUUUUUAUCUUUCCAUGAAAACUUCAAUAAAGAUAGUAUUUUAAAAAGAC